CAGCUUUCAGCUAACUCCGAAACUCGAUGAAAAUCUCAAAAUAAAUAGGAAUUCAAACAUUUUCAGCAAGUGAAUUUGUGUAUAAAUUCGUCAUCUGUUCAUUUAUUUUACUAAAUCGACAACCAUGGCGACAAUGGUCAAAGAAAAACGGCGAGAGAAAAAGAAAUCUAAAGAGAAAAUUGUAUCUAGAAGUAGUGUUGAAAGGGAACAGCCGUUGAUUUCGAGAGAAUCUGAAGCUGGAACAGAGCAAGAAUCAAAAAAUAAAACAGAUUCAAAUAUUAUUGAAAGUGCCAUGAAUACCUCGCAAGAUUCUGCUAAUCAUACUGAAGAAUCUAUAACUUCUGAUAUUUGUACCACAGAAUUACAACCCGAAAAAAAAUCCUUAGCCAAUAAAAAUUUAGAUUCUAGUACUGAAGUAAAUUUAGUUAAGCAAGUAAUUAGUAUAGAAAACGACGAGUUAAUUCAAUCACACGUAGGUCAUACAAGUCGAGCUUCAGAAAACAUAAAAGUAACAGAAAUAACUAAAUAUGAACAAUUACAAACUUCCAAUACAACAGAUACAUAUCAAAAUUUGAAUUCAAGACUAGAAAGAAUAUCAAUACCGAAGCAGAACACAAACUUAUCUUUAGAAGAAAUACAAAAUAGGCUGGAAAAUCCAAUUGCUUAUCUUAAACUUGACGAAGAAGCAGAUAAUAAAAUGAAGGGAGAGAACAUAAAGGUGGUAAAAGUUGAAGAGAGUGCGGAAAUUACAACACCAUCAGCUCCUGCAUUUGAAGAACAAGUACAAGAAACAUCACAAACUGUAGAACACCAAAGAGAAGAGAUAGCAAAAGAGGUAACACAAAAACUAAAAUGCAUGCCAUUAGAAGAAGCUAUCAGACUGUAUGGAGGGAAAGAGAUAGCCGAAGUGAGGGCUAUGAGUGAGAGAGAGGAGGCUAUUGUUGAAGCAGGACCUGUAAGUGGACCUGAACAUCCUCUGGUGGAUUUGUUGUCUACAUUCAGAUCAUCCCUAAUAGCUGUAGAAAGAGAACGCAUCCUGCUAGCGAAGGGUUUCGCAGAUGAGGAGAAGUUCAGGAAUUCAGUUUGGAGGGUGGAAAAGAAGAUGGUCACCAUUUCAGAAGACUGUGCUUGUGGUGCUGUGGUGCAACUUAGGGCUACGUAUGACCACGCUGAGUUAUUGAAAGAGAGACUGCCGGCGGCGAAACUGCGGCUGGAAGGGCUGCUGAGGAGUGUCCAGGAGUCGUACUGCCAUCACCAGCAUGCUGCUUUGUUGGCGCAUUGUCAGAUAGAGGACCUAAUAUCAGAGACGAUACGAAGCAACAAGCCUGAGAUUCGCGAGGCACUGGCCUUAGUUCUUCAGGCGCUCCGACUGAGUGACAACGCGCCGUCAGCGCUGGCCACAGCGCUGCAGCGCUGGUCAGCCAUCUUGAGCUCUGCGCUGUUAGACGCGCGGGAUCUGAGGCAGCUGCUAUAUUUAAUGCAUCAAUUAUUUAGACAAACCCGGUCAGUGCAGUGGGCGGCGCGGGUGAUCCGUGUGACAGCUGGAGACCGCACCUCGGCCGCGCGAGCGAUCGCUCUGCUGGACCUACUACUAGCUAGGACCAGGCUGGAGGCCGCCGUCGAGUGCACUGAGGAUGCAGACGAGGGUUGGGAAGAAAUGGACGCGCACGGCGGCGGCGCGGUCAGCGAGGGCGCGCUGCGGGAGCGGGACCUCUUGGCGCUGUUAAAAGUGUUCCCUCUCAGAGAACUAGUGGCGAGACUGGUGCUCUUCACACAUGCUGACAUAGGCACAGCUCGCGAGUACGAAUGGGGCGACCCGUCUGGGGGUCGCGGGGUGCUCAAAGCGUGCUGCGGCGUGCGCACCCUGCUGGCCACGCUGCACCGCGGCGUGACGUCACACCCGCACUACCCGCGCCUGCGCAGCGCGCUCGCGGGGCUGGCGGCGCGCGCGCUUCAUACGCUCGCUGAUCUACACGCUCAUACACGACACUCGUACCUUAAAGAGCUGGAACUGCCAAUAGCGGCGGAACUAGAGGCGGCAUUCACCGCCGGCGCGGCCAUCAUGGGUCCGGAGCUGCACCGCUUGCCCGCCACGUUGCUGCGCGAGGAAACUGCGCAGGAGUACUGCCUGACUAUCAUUACUGGUUUACAUGACUCUUCUCCAAAACCAGUGGAAUGUUUGUCUCUACAACCACUACAGACUUCGUGUGAGGCUCGAGUAGUGGAGGCGACUCAGGCGGCGGUAGACCGCACUGCCGACCACCAGCUCGCUAGGACGGUGCUGGACUUCCUACUGCAGACGGGUCUCAAGCGCAAGCCCGUGCAAUGUAAGGGUAAAUGCGACUUAGCUGCCCGCGAACAACUGCCGCGGCUGUUGGCCGCACACCCUUACUUGCACACCAUCGGGUUCCACAUGCUGGCGGAUUUGAACCAGGCGGAGCCUCUGCCCCCGUCAUCAGUGGCCGCUCUAUCGGCGUCCAGCUGGAGGCCUACGCCGGGCGAGGUCCGCGGCGUAUUGGAUGACUGGGCGCAACGCUGUCCCGUAUUGAUACAACACUUGUUGCUGAUACUCGACUAUACGCCUCACAGCGGCCUGACCCUGGAGAGUCAACUAGCGGUCGGCUCUUGGCUCUGUGACUGGUCAGCGCAGAAUCCGCCUUCGGAGUGGGCGUGGCUAGUGCUGCAGCGGCUGCGCCCGCACCGCAGCAGCUGGGCAUUGCCGCUGGACGCUCCACCCCCUGAUCCUGAGCCUAGAGACUUGUUGUCCACUGCCUAUGCUGUGCUGGCUAGCUCGUGGGGACAUUGCAUACCACUGAUAUGCUCAGAGGGCGUGUCGGCGCUGUGCCGGGUGGCGGGGGCGCGCGCGGCGGACGCCGUGCAUUGCCUGGCGCCCGUCAUGCUGGUCAUGGCGCAGUCGCCGGUUUCUGUCUCGCUCACUCCCAAAUUCGCUGAGUUAUUCAGCACCAUACUAAAGGCUGGACCUACGAUGGUGCAACGCGCGUUGGGGCUCGGCCCGGAGGCCGGCGCCAACAUGCUGCUGCGGCUGCUUCUCACGCAUGUGGAGACCAACCAGGCAGGUAUACCUCGGUCGUCCAUUUUAUCAGCGUGGCUACAUGGGCUGUGGCGAGCGCCGGCUGGGGCCGCGCUGUUAGACGUGGCGCUACUGGCGGCGCCGGACUGGGCCCUGCUAGACUCGCACGCUGCUAGCUUGCUGCAGGACCCAAAAUCCUCCGAGCACAUAACGAACGCAGUUCGCAACGUGGCGAGCGCGCCACUGAUCUGUGAGUGCGUACUGCGCAACGCGCAUGGCGUAGAAGCGCGUACCACGCUCAACGCACGAGUCCUGGAUGUACUGCAUCUACAGAGGAUGGCUGGCGAUAGGAUACACGUGGAUAAUGCUCUUAAGCAAAUCGGCGCGAGCAUGCCGGCGGAUGACUUAGUAAUCUACCGGUGCGCGACGGCCCUACUGUCUGCGCCGACGCAGCAUCCGUCGCAUCUUAUGCUAUGGAGACUCUUCUUCCACCUCUACCUUCAACGACCGCCUACUAACAUGCAAGAGUCAACACCACCAGUCGGCCCGCUAUUCUUCAGCGGCCUCAUCAAAUCCCGUCUGCUAGCACAACUCCGGAAGAGACUCCAAGACACUGUCACGUACCACCACGACGAAGUUGAAACCCUCAAACAGAACCAAACGGAACACCCAAAACCACCUCCGAGGGUUAAAAAAGAAAAACCAACUCCGCCUCCAGACGAUAACAUAGUACCAAUGCUGACUAUCACGGACCUCACGGGAGAAUCGAGUGACUCUGGCACUGACGAGAGUUCAGCGGGAGAAGAGAGUGAGAAAGAAGACAGUAGUAGGAGUGAUGCGGAGGAGAAAAGAGAUAUAGCGCAUUUGUUGAGAUAUCAUACUGCUGCUGAAACUAUGUGCCGGGAGUUUCUUCAAUGGCUGGACAAGGGCGAGAAAGUUCGCGCGAUGCCUCACCACGCAGACAUCGCUAGAUUUAUACCAGAACAGGCACUAUCAGCGGCGUGGUCCCGCGAGCUGUCCCGGCGCCGCCCCUCCGCGGUGGAGGACCACGCUCCCGCUCCGCCCGCCGCCCCCGCCGCCCCUCACGCCACGCCCUUCCAUAGUGCUGUUGCCAGGCUACUGCAGAUUAAAGACUGCUCCAUGAAAAGAUCCAGCACGGUUACCAUUAAGUCUCCGCUAGAGGGCAUGGACUGGCGAGAUGCGCGCGCAGUACUGACGCAGGCUGAGACUCAUCUCAACAUCAUUGAUGCAUUGCAAAAGGAGUGGUCAUCAGAAGUCCUCCAGAUAUCGUCUCUGGACGCGGCGCUGUGGCGGCUCGUGGCCACGUUGCGCGUGCGCCGCUCGCUGCCGCCCGUGCACAAGCGAUGCCCCAACAAGUGCAGGCCAAUUACUAUACAUAUACCACACCAAGAAUGGUGUAUCUCGCCGGGAGCUGAAAGCGGCAUUCAAGAGAACAGGCGCUCGGCCUGCGCCCUGUUCCGGCGGCUGGCGCGGCCGCGGCCGCAUGCCGCACGUAGCGCCGCCGCACUCGCCGUCGUCGCCAGGCGCGUGGGCAGCCUGCAGGCGGCGCGGCGCGUGGCGGAGGCGGCGUGGCGCUGCGCCGGCGGCGUGGCCGCCUGCUCGCCCGCUGAGGCCGCGCUCGCCGCGCUUGUGGAGGACCUCGCGCAGAGAUGGCUGUGCACCGACAGCAAGGUGUGCGCGGAGCUGGUGACCCACUGGUCGUCCACCAGCAACGCCCUGCAGCAGCGCCUGUGCGGGCCCCUGGCCAGCCCCGCGCGCCUAGCCGCGCCCGUGUACUGCGCGCUACUGUGGGCCAACCUGCCCUCACACAACGCCUUCAGCUAUCUUUCCAAGUUCGAGAUGACCCGCUGGUCGGAGUCUAUGGACUCUGCGCAGCGUCAUGAGUUAUUGGACGCGCUAGCCGGCGCCGCCCAACGGUGGGGCGCACGCCCCGAAGAAGAACAUCAUGUACUGCUUGAGCUGAUCGGCGUGCACACCCGCGCCCUGCUCACCCCCCACGAGCUGGCGGCGCACAUCACCCGCUGCGCGCGCGCCUCGGCCGCCUGCGCGCUGCCGCCGCAGCACUGGACGCACGUCAUACGCGCCACACAAGAUUACGCCAAGCUGCUCACUUUUGAUCAGCUAGGCAAUCUCCUCCGCGAGCUAGGCGUGAUAUGGUGGGAGGCGCGCACAGGCAUGCGUGCUACCAAGGCUACAUACUUCGCGGCGUACUCGACGCAUAUCGCGGAGUUGCAAAGCACGUUGCAGCGUGCGUUCGUCGCUGCCGCCAUCGCGCUCAGCUAUGCGCCUGAGAGAGUAUCGCUAUACGCGUGGUCAGCACUACAAGAGUCGUGGUCGGCGUGGGUGCGGCCCUUCUGCGGCGCUUCCCCGCUAAUGCCGGCCACGGAGGAGGACGAGGCGUACACACCCAUGCUGAGACAAUUCCUCCUCAACAUACGCCAGGUCAUGCUCGACUGCCCAGGCACAGAAGAGCACCUCCUCCAGCAGAUAUUCGAGUGGACGGUCCAAACGUUCUUGGCUAUCUACCAGGGCGGCACUAUGGAGAGCGGCGUGCAAAUGUCCGCCCUGCUAGUGGAUUUUGCCGCGCUGCCCUGGAACGAACACCAGUGGUUCAGGCCUAGCUUCCUUCAGUUUGCUGUGCAGGUCUGCGCAAGCAAAGACCGUGAGAUGCAGUGUUGGUGCGCGGAAUGCUGGCGCUCUAUAGUGGCUGAGACCUGGAUCCACGGCGCACCUGAUGACCAACUAGCUCCAACGCUGGCUUCCAUACUCUUCCUGUUCACAGCCAUGCCUCUACAUCAACAGACGUUGGAGCAAGCGGCCCGCCUGCCGUGGUGGCGGCUGCCCGAAGCGGCCAUGGAAGAAGCCUUCGAGCGGUUCUUCGCGCAGUACCACGACCCACAGCACCCCUACCACGAAAUACCACAAUUCAGAGUGCUGCUGUUAGCCAGCGAGAUCCAGGCUCCUAGCACGCCUCCGGACAGCCCGCAGUCCCGCCACAAGCGCUGCGUGGCCGUGUCACGCUGGGUGCGCGCCGCCGCCGCGCCCUCGCUGGUGGACCAUGUCCCGGGGCACACUGACUGUAUCCUUAAAGUUAUUGCUGAUAUUGCGGCGUAUUUGGCGGGGACUGACGAGGUGGAGGAGCUGCUGACGCGAGCUGCCGUCAUCAUGUGCAUGGAGCCUGCCGCUACCGCCGCCAUGCCGGUGUGGCAGCGCGUAGUAUCGUCAUGGCCUCCGUUUCUAUCCGUGUCGUGCGUCGCGGCCGCCGGGCAUCUCGUCGCCUUCGAAUACUUCGCCUGCCUUGCUGAUAUCGCCGUCACAGCGCUCCUACGACAUAAAGAGGAGGGUGGCUGGGAGGAGGUGUCUGCCCGCUGGCAGGCGUGCCACUGGCGGGCGGCGGCGCCGCUGGCGGGCCGCGGGCGGCUGCACGCGGCCUACGGCGCCGCGCGCACGCACGUGCAGCCCUGCGCAGACAUGCGCGCCGCGCUGCUGGCGCUGCUGGCCACCAACGUCGACUUCAUCGAAAACGAAACAAUAGUAGCGUUAUGGAUAUGCGCAGCGUGUCGCGUGGCCCGCGAGUAUCCCACGACGGGCGACGCGGCCGAGUGCGGCGCCGCGGCCAAGGCGGUGCUGGCGCGGUGGGCGCAGGACACCAGGCGCUCCAUACUGCGAGUGGUCACGCUGCAGGCUGACACUGGUAGCCCCACUGCCGCACAUCGCCUCCUAUGUCGUCUAGCUCUGUGCAUACUGUCUAAUUCAGACAGCACAGUCCGCUCAUUCGAGGCAGCCUGCUCAGCAGUCCUGGGUUCGAACACGGACGUGAUGUCUUGGGGUAAGACACCGCACCCUAAAAAAUUACCACGACUGGCUAUCAGACUGUAUCCAAACAAUGAAAAGUAUUUCAAAGACGAGUUAAAUCUGUCCCCCGAAGAUUAAUAGCGAAUAUGACAAGUGUAUGUUUAAUCUGUGAUUAUACAAGGCUGGCUUUUUAGGCUUACUGUUAAAAAGAUAAGGUUGAUAUUGGAAUGUUUAUUAUACCUCUUAUAACAUGACGUUACAUGAUUAAUGACAUAUCUUGCGUCUCUUUCGUACUAAUAGUCGACCCAAAGAAGGAAAAAUAGAGGAAAUAAUUUUGAUUACUAAAUAAAAACUAACGGAAAACAUAUUUUUUUCUAUUUAUUUUUUUUAUGUAUUUUAAUCACGAAAAACGUAAUAAAUCGGACAUUUUAUCACGUUUUUCUAUGACGUCAUAAUUGUGCAUUUUCAUACAAAUUCCAUAGUCAUUUCGUGUUUUGACGUUUAGGAAAAUGUAACUGAUUUGAUUAGUUGGAAACUACCCUAUUCCCUACAACUAUGCUAAAAUUCGCUUUGACACAAAUUAUUUCCCCUAUUUGGCAAUUUUUGGUCUUCGUUGGGUGGACCAUAGGCUGUAUACAGGGGGGUUAAAAUGGCCACAUUAAAGCAAUUCAUCUAAGAAAGCAAUAUUGCUAUUUGACAUUUGUUUGCAUUGUGCACUUACUUUUAUAUGUGCAAAUGUCAAAUUGCAAUAUUGCUUUCUUAGAUGAAUUGCUUUAAUGUGGCCAUUUUAACCCCCCACUUAGUACGAAAGAGAUAUCUCUCGUCUCUUUCGCUCAAGGCGAUGUAUUAUAUCUUUUCUACUGUCAUUCUAAUCAUGCUACGUUGUAAGGGGUACAAAAAAAGAAGUUAGAAUGAACAUGUAUUGGACAAAAUGUGUCCAUUAAAUGAGUACCACAUUGUGACCAAUUUGUAAUGAGGAAAUUUCCAGGCUACGUUCCCCAAACCAUAGAGAUGGCGCUGUCCAAAGUUGUCUUCGUUUAACCUUCUAAUUUCAUGGUUAACAGACACAUGCAUCUUUUAUCUCUGUUUUUGGGUAUAAAUAAUGACCCUUGUUAUUACACCCAGGUACAACACGUCUUCUACCCAUUUAUUAUUAUGAUCAGAAUAAAAAGAAGCAAUAUAGGUAGCAACAUAAUGUUGACAAUUACUUCCGCACAAUAUCUCAGACUGACUGAAAACCAGCGCUGGAUGGCGCCAUAGCAUGGCUCCAUCGCAGCACAAGCUGAGCCAUUUCCUUUUGCCCGUAUUCGUAAUAUUCAUAAUUACCUAGUUCAUAUCAUCAUCAUCAGCCGUACGACGCCCACUGCUGGGCAUAGGCCUCCCCCAAGGAUCUCCACGACUCCCCGCGACCUUCACCAGAUCGUCGGUCAUCAACCUUGUAGCGGGCCUACCCACUGAGCGUCGUCCGACACGUGGUCGCCACUCCAGAACCCUUCCGCCCCAGCGGCCAUCAGUUCUCCUCGCUAUGUGUCCUGCCCACUGCCACUUCAGCUUUGCAAUUCUCCGAGCUAUGUCGGUGACUUUAGUUCUGCGGAUCUCCUCAUUUCUGGCUAGUUCAUAUAGCAAAUGUAAAUUGUUACUGGCAAUAAAUUUAUUUUAUUCUUAUUCUAUACAUAUCUUGGGGUUCAAAAAGGCCACAUCGAAACAAUUCAUCUAAAAAAGCAAUGCGCACUUACUUUCAUAUGCGCAAAUGUCAAAUUGUAAUACAGUGAAACUUGGUUAAGUGGGACCUGGAUAAGUGAGAAACCUCCAUAACUGGAACUCAUGCUAAGGUCCCAACACUUUGGCACUGAAUUACCUCUGUUAGUGGGACGAGGUAAGCCUCUAUAUCUGGGAUUCGUUCUUUCGAUUUAUCAUCAUAGUUACCUCUAUAACUGAGACAGCGAGUAUUUUUUUAAUUCAUAAACCUCUGUAACUGAGAUAACAUUGUUUGUUUACUCAUUCUUUUUCUACCCACAAAUUCCACACGUAAUUCCAAGUACGUAAGUACAAAUUUUGAGCUUCAAUUACCUUCAUUUUUAGUUUCGCUUUACUAUCAUACAGAUGUUUAUUUGAAAAAUGCCAAAACGAAAGCUACAAUCGUUAUCUGAGUAAGUGGAAUCGAGACACUGGGUAAGUGGAAUACCUCUAUAAGUGAAACGACAUUGCAGGUCCCUUGAUGUCUCACUUAACCAGGUUUCACUGUAUUGUUUUUUUUAGAUGAAUUUCUUCGAUGUGGCCUUUUUAAGCCCCCUGAUCCAAAUGUCAAGCAACAAUUAUUUUUGUACGUGCCUCUGCCAUUACGUUAUAUUUUUGAAUAAUUAUAUGUCCCCGAGAAAUGAGUAAACAGGUAAUUAUCACGUUAAAUCUGUACAGCGCCAUCUAUAUUGUUUUUCGGGGAACAAAGCCUGGCAAGUCCCUCAUGGGAAUGGUAAGUUUUUUUUUUAAAGUUUUUUAUGUUAUUUUUUUUUACAGUUUAUCGAGUUAUCAUAAGUUGCCAAAGAUAUAAUGUAUUAUUAAAAAAAGAAAAAAGUAACUUUUCUAUGCAAAAGAGACCUCAUUGUAUCAAAUGCACCUGAUAAGGAUGUAUUUUUUUAAUUUUGUUGCUCAAUAACGCCAUGUCAAGAUUUUUGUAAAAAUUAAAAUGAAUAUUAUCGUCAAAUAAAAUA